AGUGUCUUCUUCCCUCACUUUCUAAACCAAGCUAUAAGCAUCAUCUCCACGCGCCAUGUACAGUCACACUAACCCUACAUUCCCACGCGCCGACGUCGUCCUUGGCGACCACUCUUCGUCUCCCGACAGUACUGCUGCAUCGGCGUUCAUGUCAGUGUCGGGUCAGUUCCCGUCUCACUUAAUCAUCCCUGACCACCUCGCUGGAGUCGAGGUGGGUAGUACUACUACUAGCGGGUACAGUAGCUAUGGUUCGCCGAGUUCACUGACGAGUGGUGGAACGACGACUCAGCAGCCGAGUUUGAUCCAGAGGAGUAUUAGUAGCCAUUCCCUUGAAAAGAAUGGGUAUCAUUGUCAUUUCGCAUGCCCUCAGGAUUUUCUUGUCUUGGACACCAGCCCUGUGAGAAGGGUUUUUAGCACUGGUGAUUUGCAGCAUGAGCACAAAGCAGACAGCCCAUUAUCAAGUGAGAGCAGGGCAAUAAUUGAGAGUAUGAGCAAAACAUGCAAAUACAGUCCAGAGGAGAAGAAAGAGAGAAUUGAGAAGUACAAAAGCAAGAGGACACAGAGGAACUUCAAGAAAAAGAUUAAGUAUGCUUGUCGGAAAACAUUGGCAGACAGCCGGCCGCGCAUUAGAGGAAGGUUUGCAAGUAAUGGUGAAAUGGAAAAGAAUCGUCAACCCCAAUGGAGCAAUGUAAGUGGGGAAGAAGACGAGGACUAUGACGAUAAUUGGAUUGACAUUCUGGAUGCAUUUUCAGCAAAUUCAAUUCCUUAAUUAAUCUUAAAAAAAGACUGGCUUGUUAGCUAUAGCUGCAGCUCUUUGCGUGCGUCCUUUUAGCUAGUUAGUAUAUUUUGUGAUUCUAGCUAGCUAGCUAGGUUGCAUAGGUUGCUUGUUUCUCAUUAUUAUCAUUAUGCAAUUUGACAUGUUCUUUAGCUUGAAGCCUAUGUAAAUAUAUUUUGUUUGAUUUCGAUUCUAAUGUAGUCCCUUGAUUAUGGUGGCAA